UCCAACAACAUCAAUUCAAUCGUCGUCGUCCGUCUUCCCUAAUAUUCUCCUCCAAUGGCGUAUAGCUGAAAUUGAUUGAGCUUCCAGAAAUGGCGAUGGAUGGGGUCCGUCCUUUAAUUCCAUUUCCUUUCUUCCUUCCAAUCACUACUGGAUAGAUCAGAUCAGAUGAGGUCAGGCUGCUGAAAGCUUUACACUAAUGGAAAUCAAAUCACCACACUCCACCAGCUAGCUGUCGGUCUCUGCAACAACCAGUCAAUUAAUCUCACCAUCAUUAUCGCCAUCGCUUCUUACUUUAGGAAAUACACACACAAAAGCUUGAAUUAAGCUCCGAAACGGCGUCGUAUUGAUCGGAGAAUUAAUCGGAAUGGCGGAGCCGCCGAAGAACCGCCGCCUGCAAAGCUUGUUACAGGCGGCAGUGCAGUCCGUUCAAUGGAGUUACAGCCUCUUCUGGCAAUUUACCCCCAAACAAGGAAUUCUGUCAUGGAGCGAUGGAUACUACAACGGAGAAAUCAAAACUCGAAAAACAGUGCAAUCAAUUGAGGUGAGCACUGAAGAAGCGAAGCUUCAGAGAAGCCAGCAGCUUAGAGAACUCUACGAUUUCCUCUCCGCCGGAGAAGCAAGCCGCCUCCAGCCGCGCCGCCCUUCCACCGCCUUAUCGCCGGAGGACCUGACGGAAUCCGAGUGGUUCUAUUUGCUCUGCAUUUCUUUCACUUUUCCUCCAGGCCUAGGGUUACCUGGAAAAGCAUAUGCAACAAGGCAGCAUGUAUGGCUGACAAAAGCAAAUGAAGUGGACACCAAAGUGUUCUCCAGAGCAAUUCUUGCCAAGAGUGCAAAAAUACAGACGGUGGUUUGUGUUCCUGUCUUGGAUGGUGUUCUUGAACUGGGAACCACAGCUAGGAUUGAGGAAGACAUUGGAGUGAUUCAACGUGUAAAAAGCUUCUUCUUCAGUGAUAAUGGCGAUUCUACGUAUCUUCUUCCUCCUCCUACAAGCAGGCCAGCCAUGUCGGAGCUCUCGACUUCAAACCCUAUCCAGGCUUUCAUGGCACAUUCAGAUGAAGAAGAUGAAGAUGAAGAUGAAGAUGAAGAGUUGGGUAGCUACCUGUCAGGCCAUGGUACAACUGAGGCAACAGGUAAUGAGCUUAUGCAGCUUGCAGGAGAAUAUGGCUCCGCCGCCGCCGCCGGAAGUUGGGAUUUCCGAUUAGAGGAGGAACACAGGCAAUUGCAAGAGGAUACAAAUUACUGUCGAACAGUCGCCGUCGUCCUCGAAACCCGGUCCGACCGGUGGAGCGCCGCCGCUUCGUCGGCCAUACCCUCCGCCGCCUCCGCCUUCUCCAAGUGGUCGUUGUUCUUCAGCUCUUCGACAAACCGUGCUUCAAAAUCCGUCCUCAAAUGCAUACUCUUCACCGUGCCGCUCUUCCACCGCCGCGAGGCGGCGGCGGCAGUUAGGGUUCCGGCGGAUGAGGUCAGCGCCGACGACCAUGUGCUGGCGGAGCGGCGCCGCCGCGAGAAGCUGAACCAGCGGUUCGUCACUUUAAGGUCUUUGAUUCCAUUCGUGACGAAAAUGGACAAAGCCUCGAUUCUUGGGGACGCCAUAGAGUACGUGAAGCAAUUGAGGAGGAAGGUGGAAGAGCUCGAGGUGGAGAAAAAUGGGAAAUUUGGAAUCGAAAAGAAUGAGAAGAGGAGGUUCAAGCACGGCGGAGGGCAGGCGGCGCCGCCGCAAGUGGAGGUGUCGAUAAUAGAAAGAGACGCGUUGGUGGAGAUGGAGUGCCCUCACAGGGAAGGGCUUUUAUUGGAUGUAAUGCUGGCCGUCAGAUCAGAGUUUGGGAUGGAGAUUACAGCCGUCCGAUCUUCCAUCACCGAUGAUGCGAUUUUAACGGCUGCGAUGAGAGCUAAGGUGACAGAGAAUGUGAGAGGUAGGAAAGCAAAUAUAAUGGACGUGAAGAAACUGAUAAAUCAAGUAAUUCUUUAGGUACCCAAAGAUGGAGGAUUGUAAUAUUUAGAAAAAAUAUAAAAUAUAUAUAUGAUUAUUUUAUUUUUGAAUUUUCUCCACGUAGUAGUAGAGUUUAUAUGAAAUAUAGAUUUUUUUUCAAAUCGAAAAUUCCAAGAAA